CGGGGCGGCUCGGUAUGGGAUUGGCUGGAUUUCGUGAACGCGCGUGCCGUUCGUGGCCGUCACACCGCCCUUUUCGGGCGGCCGAAGGGGACAAGAUGGCGGCGAAAGGCGGAAAAAGCGGUUUUCUGUCCAAAAAGAUCGAUGACAAGCCAGUUAAGGUUGACAAGUGGGAUGGUGCAGCUGUGAAAAAUGCCUUGGAUGAUGCUGCUAAAAAGGUCCUUCUGGACAAGUACGGGUAUGAGGAGAAUUAUGGACUCAUCGAUGGACGACUCCUCAUUUGCACAAUCUCCUGUGUCUUUGCAAUAAUUGCACUUGUUUGGGACUACAUGCACCCUUUUCCAGAGUCGAAGAGUGUCCUUGCGGGUUGUGUCCUUUCCUAUUUUGUUAUGAUGGGGAUUCUCACGUUUUAUACCUCUUACAAAGAGAGGAGCAUAUUUUUAAUUGCUAUACAGAAAGACCCAGCUGGAUUAGAUCCCGGUGACAUCUGGCAACUCUCAUCAUCUCUGCGGAGAUUUGAUGAUCAGUACACCUUGAAGAUGACUUUCAUUGAUGGGCGAACCAACCAGGAGCGGGAGAGGGAGUUUACCAAAUCUCUCGAGUACUUCUUUGAUGAGUCCGGUACCUUGGUUAUGGAUUUGUUUGAGAAUGAAGUGUCCAAGCUUCAUGAUUCCUUGGGGAAGAAGAAGAAAAUGAAAUAAUGUGCGUGUUUCUUCGCAUUAUGUUGUAUUGCUGAAAUAAUGUCUGCAAAGAAAAGGGGAAAAAAAACACUUUUUGAAAUAUCUUUGUUGUGAUUGCACCCUAUUCAGCACUGGUUCUGCUUAGGGUUGGAGGGGCACUUUGCAUUUUCCAAAUUCAUUUAGCAGCAGCAACUUGCAUUUAUACAAUGCCUUUAGCUUUGUGGAAGGGUCAUAUGUGAUUCCACAGUUGCAACCAGUCUGGUCCAGCCUAAGACUGUCUCUAGUGAAAAAAGAUGGAGUUGGUGUCUUGGGAUUGGAGUGUUGUGGCGGAGGGCUAAGGGCAUUUGGUGUUUUGGUGUUUCUGGUAUAAUUGGACUGGCUGGAAGGGGUAGAAAGGAUGCACUCUUGGAAAAUAUGUUCAAAUACAGACUUUCUUCAUGAGGAAAUGCAGUGCAGCCUUCCUACAACUGACACAUACCAGUUCCUUGCACAUGAAGCUUUGUCAACAGCUGCUUAUCCUUUGUUAAUAUUCAAUAUAGAAGGUUUGAGGGAGGGGGAAACAGUUGAUAUCAUUCAGGGGAGUGGCAACAGAGGGGGCAACAAACCAGGUUUGGCCUUUCAGUUGAGAUUGUUUACUUGAGCCAGAUACCACAGCCGUCAACUCUUUGGAGUUAUGCACACCUUGAGUAGGAAGCCAACAAGGAAUUUGUUGAUUAGACUGCUUGAUGUCAUGAGCUGUGCAUUUUCUGUUAGAUAGGGAUGGACUUUGGCCAGUAUUUCAGGCUUGAUUUUCCAGUGGGCUGUGUAGAUCCUGAUUGUAAUGAACUGGGGUGACCUUUGCAGGGGGGUCAAGUUCUCAAUACUGUCUCUGCCCCAUUUGGACUAACGUGGUGAGCAGUGAGCUAGACACUGAACCAGUGCAGCCACUGCACACUUACCCUCAGUGUCUCCUAGAACAUGUGGGUGUUAGGUGAAGGUGAAGUUAAACUUCAAUGCAUCAGAAUCAAUGUGUUAAUUCCAGUGAUGGUAGAUGAGUUGAAACUCAAUGCUGGGGCGAAUUUCUUCUGCUCUUCAAAAUAGUGCUGUUCCAAGAGUAGCCGUGUUUUGUUUUAAAACACAUAGUUGGAUGACAUCCCACCUACACAUGCCAUCUUUGUCAGUGUCAAACUGCCUUGGUAUUGCUAGGCUCCCUAAGGUGUUACUGGUUCCCACAUGGAGAUUAAGCCUAGUAAAACUUAAGCAACAGCAUUUUCAGAAGAGGAGAAUUGAUCCCAACAAAGUGACAUGUCAAGCUAACUUUUUCUGAAGAAGGGUCUAGGCCCGAAACGUCAGCUUUCCUGCUCCUCUGCUGCUUGACCUGCUGUGUUCAUCCAGCUCUACCUCUUGUUAUGUCAACUUAACCAGCUGUGCACCCGUCCUUAAUGAUGUUGGUUUUUUUUUGGGAAGAAGAGCAGAAACUCUUUGCAUUGUUCAGUUCCUUCAUUCUAGAAUGCUUCUUCUGUCUGUCCUGAAAGUUUCACACAGCAAACCUUAGGCAAAUUGGAGUUGAAGCAGUUGUUUUUUAAAUACCUCUUGCCCCCACAUGUUCUGAUAUCAGUCUAAUAAAAUAGAACAAGGCAGUGGGUGAGCACUUGGCUGCCCCCAACAUGGAGGCAAUGUCCAAGAUACUUUGUGGUACCUAUGACCCUGUCCUAGGCAGGGAUAAUCAGUCUUCAUUCUCUGCCACAUUCUGUGUAAAAUCUCAUCAGUGUAGGUAGGCCUGUAAUGAAGCUAAAGAAACUUGCCCUUCAAUGCUGAAUGAAGUAAUGAGCCAAAGUGAGUAUUUACAGAGCAGCAGUGUCCCUUUGUGACCUUUGAAUAAAUGUCUCAAACAUGUUUAUAUACAGCCCCUUUGUGACUUUGAGAAAUCCCAAAGUGCCUUACAGCCAGUGAAGUACUUUUUUUUUUGUUUGCAGUGCUAUCUUGACACAAUGUGGUGACAUAUGGCCACCAGUUUGCAGAUGUUGGACUGGUGAUUUGAGUUUGAGGUGAGGAUUUGUUCUGAAAUUAUCACCUUAUGCUGAAGAUGUUUUUGGUACGGUACAUAACAGGUAUGGUAAACGUCUUUCUUCCGCAGAUCCAGCUGUCAGGGAUGUUUUCUCUGACAUCUUCUGAGGAUCCUUAGCUAGAAGUGCUGUGGUAUCUUUCAUGGAUAGAUGAGAUCUUAGUGAUUUCUUGUGAGAGCUAAAUGCUUAUUUCUCACUUUCGGUUCACUUUCAAGAAGUCGCUAAGCUCUCUAAGAAAGCAUCAUCUAUCCAUAAAAGGUACCGUAGCACAUCUAGCAAAGUCCUCGCAGAAGACGUCAGAGAAGACAUCCCUGACAGCUGGAUCAGCGGAAGAAAGGCAUUUAUGACUUGAACAAUGAAAGGUGUAUUGACUUUGAGACUAAAUUAAAUUAUUUUCUUAUUACUUGGGUUUAUGUAAGUGGAUUCGUUUAUUGGAACACCAUAAUAGUAGAAUUUAGCUCAGUUAGGGAAUAGUUAGUGAUUAAGGGGGAAUUGUUUGGUUUGUUAGUAAUUCUGUUAAUUUAUUCAGUGUUUACGGUUAAAUAAAUUGUAACUUGUUACUUGUGAAUAUCAGGGAUUUUUUUUCAUUUAACCCCCCCUUCUCUGUAACAGUUUAACAGAUUAGGCGAGCUUCUCUGGGUGUUUUGGGUUUAAUUAUUAGAAGGGGAUCUCUACCUCUGCCCAUAAGCCCCCCAGCCUGUUGUGUUUUGAUUUUUUUUUUUGAAAUUAUUAGAGGGGUUCGAUCUCUCCUUCCUAACAGUUUGGGGGCUUGUCCAGCAUUUGAACCUGGGACCUCUCGCACUCUUCUCCCUUUGUUUUAAACAAAAGUUCUAGCUUCCUGCCUUCCAAUUCACAAUUACUCUACACAACUUCGUAACAGUUCCCUGAUGUAAACUCUAUAGCUCCAAGCAAGAUUUCCAAAUAGGAGACUGGGUAUGGUGCAACGAGUGGCUCAUCUUUCAAAAUGCAAGUCAUAAAAAUACCUCUGCUCCCUUGAAUGGUUGUGAUUACAACAAUACCCAAAUUUAACAUGAAGCAAUCUGACCAGCCUAUCCAGUAAUGGUACACACUGCUGUCAUAGUGCACUAUCUAAUGAAUGCAAUUCAACAAGUAUCAUUCAUUCCUGAAGCCCACCUAGAUGGGCAAGGGCACUGAAGCAUAGAUCAUCAUUGCUUCAAUGUCGCCUUCCAAGUCUCUUUGCUGAAGUUAGGUAUAAUGAUGUUAUGGCAUUAGAAGGUGAUGGUAGAUCUUGUUGAACUAUUGGCCGCUGUUUGGUUAGAUAUUUGAUUUUUCCUAGACCAUUUUGAGGAAGAGUUGACAGUCAGCUAUGUUUGUAUGCGACUGGAGUUGCACACCGUAUCAGAUUGAUAGGUAUAUUUUAUGAUAAUCUAACAGCUUCAAAGACAUUUUACUGAUACCAGAUUUUUUCAAACUGUCCCAUUGGAGAUUUGAACUACUGUUCCAGUGAGCAACUGGGCCUGUAAUAUGACAUUCCACCCUUUCGAGAAUGGAAAAAGGCUUUAAAAGUAUGAAAACUGGUUUUACCUGCACAGUAACAGUGAUGCUGAGGUAAUUUGGAAACCGAUUGAAAUCAAAUCCACUUCAUUCAGCAAUUGAAAUGGCAAUUUUCAUGUAAUUGAUUACAGACGGUAUGCUAUUGUAGAUAAUUUGUGAAAGUUAGUUAUUAUCCUACAAGAACUUGCAUUUAUGUAGUAUCUUUAACACAGGAAACCAUCCCGGGCACUUCACAGGACAAUGGAUUGAGCCACAGAGCUGAUGUUAGCACAUGUGACUAGGCUUUCAUAAGAGGUGUCAAUACAAGUUAGAAUUGUACCCUUUGUUUUAUGUUGUCUCUGCACAUUCUUUCUACUAAAAUUUAAUUGCUUCGCAAUUCACUACACUAAGUUUCAACAGCUGCACAUCUGUGAAUUCUACCAACCUCUCUGUAUUGAUUUAAGUUUCUGCAUUAUUCUCAUAUUUCACAAUACAAGUUUCCUGUCACAUGUAGAUUUUUAAAUUGUGUCCUGUACACCAAGAUCAAUAUCAUUAAUAUGAUAGGAAGAGCAGGGAUGCUAACACUGAUCCCCAGGUAGUUCCAAUAUAAACAUUCUUCCAGCCUCAAAAAAAGUGUUUUCUGUCACUCAGCUGAUUGUUACGUUCAUGAUAUUUCUGCCUAACUUAUUCCAUGAGCCCUAACUUUACUCUUGAGUCUGGUGUAGCAUUUUAUGAAAUGUCUUUUGGAAAUCAGUGUACUCAUGAACCCUCAUGAACCAAUUUAUUACUACUUUUAAAAAAAAAUACUAAAGCAAGUUAGUUUAACACAA